AUGCUUGCAGCAGCUCAGUCUUCGCCACCAAGCGUUGCCUCAGCCCUACCCUUCCAGAUCAGCGAGCAGACACUAGAAGGUGAUGCGAACUACACUGCACCGAUAUUUCCUAUCCUCCCGUUCAACAAGUAUGCUUCAAACCCCAUUUUGGUACCCAAUCCAAGCUCAAACUUCGAAUCAGCUUACCUCUACAACCCCACCGCGAUUGUGCUGAACGAGACUGUUUUCUUGCUAUACCGAGCUCAAAAUAGCUCCAAAACCUCCUCGAUUGGCUUAGCUUGGUCCACCAAUGGGGUCGACUUUACUCGUUUGAAUCGGCCCAUUGUCAAUGCCACAGAAUCAUGGGAAGAAAUCGGAGGUACCGAGGAUCCCCGGCUAGUGCGCGUAAAUGGGACGUUUUAUCUCACGUAUACUGCCUUCAAUAACGUGACGGCACAGCUGUGCAUGGCAACCUCGACUGAUCUGCUCAACUGGAUCAAACAACCUCCGCUGUUCCCCGGAUUUCAGGACGUUGCAUACUCUGAUAUUGAUGUCCCCUCGCCUCGACUCAAUCAUACGAAGUCCGGUGCCAUUGUAAAGGAGCCUACCCCGGAUGGUUUGUACCACAUGUACUUUGGCGACAGCUUCUUCUACCACGCAACGUCGCCAGACCUCCAUAAUUGGACAGCUCUCCCCGCGGAGGAAUAUUUCGCCGGACCAGUUAACCCGUGGGAGAACCGACUGAUCGAGCCUGGUCCGGCACCCAUCAAAACCAGGGAUGGGAAAUGGCUGUUGGUCUACAACGGUAUGACCACGGGUCGGGUCGGUUACUCGCAGAAUCAAUACUCGGUCGGGCAGAUGUUGAUAGAUCCCUCAGGGUCCUUCCGACCCGAACUCAAUGUCAGCCAAGGGACAUAUCAGCCGGCCCUUCGAGAUGGUCCGGUUGCACGGCUAGAACGACCGAUAUUGGUUCCGGAGGCGGGGAACGAGCAGGAAGGCCAAGUCAAUCAAGUGGUAUUUGCCGAGGGUCUGGUCCAAUUCAAAGGUAAAUGGUAUUUGUACUUUGGUAAGAACACAUCUCUUCUUUCACCAACUAAAGCCUGA